ACUAAUCCGAAUUUGUACUGCCAUAACAACUAAAUAAGAGCUCUCUUUUUUUUCGUUGCCGAAAUCUCUAAUUAAAGGUAAUCUCUAAUUAAAGGUGAAGAAAUCUCAUUGAUUCUACAUCAGCGUUAGUGAUCCCACACACCCUCACACACACACACUCUCUCCAUAAAAGGAAUAAAUGCAUUUUAGUUGUAGCUUAUUUAUUCAGCAUUACUGCGUAAAGUCUCUACUCUUUGUGUUUUAGCUUACUUCUUCAGCAUCCCUCCGUAAAGUCCCUACUCCUUUGAUCAUGUGUGACUCGGAUUUCCAAAACCUUGUAAAGAGACAAUAAAUUAAGAAAGAAUAAUCACAAAGGUGUAUCUGGACUAGGCCCCAGAAGAUUUAUGGGUAUGUUUUGUUCAUAUCUCUGUAUCCUUCUUUAAACUUUUCUUUCUUUUUGUUUCCUUAGGUUUAAUCAGUCAUUUGGUGUCCCAAUAGGUACUGGAAUACAAGUCUUGGUAGAUUAAGUUGAUGACAUAAUGCAGCUAUAUCAUCAUCCAUUUUCCUUGGAUAGUCAGAAGGUAAGACUUACUUUGGAGGAGAAGGGUAUUGAUUACACAUCUUAUCAUAUGAACCCUUUAACUGGCAAGAACAUGGAUGCAUUUUUCUUCAGGAUGAAUCCAAGUGGCAAAAUUCCAGUUUUACAGAAUGGUUCUCACAUCAUAUAUGAUACUAUUGAGAUAAUUCAGUAUAUCCAACGAAUUGUCGAAACAGUAUCUUCUGGCGGCAACGGUACAACACUUAGCAGCAAUGUCAUCGAAUGGAUGCAUAAGAUACAAGAAUGGGACUCAAAGUACUUUACCCUUUGCCACAUCCCUGUGAAGUAUCGCUUAUAUGUAUCUAAAUUCUUGAGACGUGUAAUAAUUGCUCGAAUGGCAGAAUCUCCCAAAUUAGCAAGUGACUAUCAUCGCAAAUUAAAAGAAGCAUAUGAUACAGAUGAAAAGUUGAAGAAUGUUGAAGUUCUAGGACAGAAUAAGGAUCAUCUUGAAAAGCUUCUUGAUGAGGUAGAAGUUGAGCUUGGUGAAACAUCAUAUUUAGCUGGAGAGGAGUUCAAUCUAGCUGAUGUGAUGCUUAUUCCAGUUCUAGCUAGACUCGAAUUAUUGAAGUUGGAAGAUGAGUACAUAAACAGUCGACCAAAUUUAGCAGAUUAUUGGGCUGUUGUGCGGCAGAGACCUAGUUAUAAGAAGGUGAUUGGAAGGUACUUUGAUGGAUGGAGAAGGCGAAAAAGACUACUGAAAACUUGGUGCUUCAUCUGUAUGAGAAGCUUGCUUCGAAAAUAUUGAUAAUUUUUACGUGAAGACUGAACAGGAAAGCUCUUGCAUGAUGAUCACCAAUGCUUACGGUCUAGUGGUACCAGUGAAAAUCUUCUACACAAUAAGUGUGGGUUCGAGUCUCACUGCCCUCCUUUCCCUCCCCUCAUGUAAUAGAAAAGAAACAAAAAGAAAUUACCUUGCCUGA